UCGUGGUUUGUAUGAUGAGUUUCUUUUCAGGAUUCAAUAUUAAUUGUGUGAUUCUAAAAUUAAUUCCAAAUGACACGUACACACACAUCUAUUCUUAGACGCAAGAAAUCCAAGUGUGUUUAAGUCAUCAAUAAUUCUAAACCGACAAUUUAACGUGCUAAAGGGUAACGAACAUUCAUCAAUGUUCAUGAUCUCGUUGAUUAGUGCAACCUAAACAGGGCAAUAUCUUAAUUAUAUUUGAUGGAUAUACAGUACUAUAUAUAUAUUGGUUCUAAACGCACUAUGGAAAACAAAAACUGUGUAGGUGAGGAUUAAGGCGUAGGAGCUCUAACAGCAUUUUUACUGUCCUUAUAUAAUGAGAAACAUCUAUCAGAUCAGUUUUAUUUUACUCAUCAUCCUGCCAUUCUACACCUCCAAACCUAUACAUGGAAAUAUCAGACGCAUUAUUCUACCAGUUCCACGGCCAAUUCGAAUUCCCGUUAACCAGGAAGAGCCAAGACGUCCUAUAAUAUUAUCUUCGACGACAACCAGAGAUUCAAGUGAUGGGUUUUCAGGAUUUUUAGGAUUACCCUUAUUUGCAUCUCAAACUGCACCAACAAUGGCAGUGGCAACAAUGAUGAUGGCAAUGGUCAUGAUGCCAAUGAUGAUGCAAAUGAUGAUGACGACAACUACAACUACCAUAAAUACAUCAACCACAACACAAGCAACCACAGUCACUACGCCAACUACGCCAACUACGCCAACCAUGUCAACUGCGGGAAGUACAGCAAGUGGAUGAUGAGAUUGAAGAAUUGCAACAUUGCGAUGACUCACAUUGAUAAAAUAAUAAAAUAGUAAAAUAAAUUAUUGAAACAACACUGUGAUGAUUCAAAUGUAACUAUUCCAAUAGC